UGGGAGAAAUGGGCUAGAUCUAUUUACGACAAUUGACUUCUUUGCUGCUCAAAACGUAGUUCACAAUGGGGCCUAAUCUUCACAUAUCGAAGUCAUCAUGCUUCCUGCAGAUUAUUCGAUCUACCCUUUCGAUUAGUCAGCACCAACGUCGAUGUCUGAGUCAUUGGCGCCAUUUUUCUCCGGGGAUCGACGGAUGACUCAUCGCUACAGAAAGCUGCUGCUGGUGACAGGAGGCAUAAACAAGGUUGAUUAUGUUUUUCUAGUGACUAGGACUGCUGCAACUGCUGGAUCAUCUGCAAUGAUGAUGCAUCGUUCCUGUUUGCUCCACCUGUUCCCACUCUUCCUCGUCUCUGCCAUUGUCAUGGCAACCGAUGACGGUGGAGCCUUACUAGAGGAUCCUUUGGCCACUGGCCGUCCUGGAUCGGAUUCAACGGCUCCUCUAUUCCUGGAAGAGCCGGAGGACGCGUACGUGGUCAAGAGCAAAGCGGCGACGCUCUCUUGCCGCGCCGCUCACGCUCUGCAACUCUACUUCGUCUGCAAUGGCGAAGCGGUCAGGACCAAGCACCACUCGGCCCAUGAAUUCGUCGACCCCAUGACCGGCAUCCGCCAGCUCGAAGUUAAAGUGGACAUUACUCGGAACGACGUCGAAGAGUACUUUGGGCUGGACGGCUACGGUUGCGAGUGCAUCGCCUGGUCCUCCUUCGGGCAAGUCAAGUCCCGUCGAGCCAAAGUCAUCGUGGCGUUUAUCCGUAAACAUUUUAAUGAGCACCCGUACUCGCGUAGUGUUGAGCUGGAGCGGCAAGUGGAAUUGCGCUGCCUGGCACCUGACGGAAUCCCACCGCCGGACGUGACGUGGCAGAAGAAUGGCGUGCCAGUUGAGCCUAAAAGGGAAGGCAGCAACUUGAUCGUCAGCAGCGAGGGACACUUGCUGGUCGUCCAGGCCCGUCUGGCUGAUAUGGGCAAUUAUACCUGCGUGUCAGAAAACGUUGCCGGCAAACGCAUCAGCGAUACGGCCGUUCUCACCGUUUUGGUUAACGGGGGUUGGUCUUCGUGGUCGUCGUGGUCCGAAUGUACGUCAACUGGCCAGCCAAACUCCUGCGGUCGUGGGACUCAAAAACGGACUCGAUUGUGCACAAAUCCAACGCCACUCAACGGCGGCCGCACUUGUCCGGGCUCCAAUGUUCAGAAAGGCGACUGUACUUCUAUUUGUCCAGUCGUGGAUGGGCGUUGGAAUGCCUGGUCCAGCUGGUCCAACUGCGGACCCGAUUGCAAACACCACCGACGACGCUCCUGCACCAGCCCUUCGCCUUCCAACGGCGGCAAAUACUGCGUCGGCCGCGACCUCAUGUCGGCUAAUUGCACCGGUGGAAUGUGUCGAGCUGGAGGAGUUGCUCUUGCCGAAGGACUGGAUAUCUCCGAUGAAGCAACGAAAGCUGCCCUCGAUACGGACGUUGCCCUCUACAUUGGAUUAUCAGUUGCCGUGGCCGUUGUCGUCGUCUUCGCCGUCAUCGGUGUCGUUAUGCUGAGGAUCCUGCGCCGUAAACACGGCGGACAUUCGCCCAUGUUCCCCGUCGGAGCAUCAGAAUACGCUACAGGCUAUUACACGGAUCAAGAAAAGAAAUGCCUCGGUAUCCAACCGGAUUUAACCCAGAACGCAGGAAUGGGUGGGGUCAACCAAAGUCCCCCAGCUCCAGCGUAUUGCGAGUAUACAUAUUCUGAACCAACAACUUCCGGCUGUGGUUCUGCCAGCAAAAGCGGAGCUUUAACUCCCAUAAGCGAACAUCAUUACGACGUUCCGCACUUGGUGAGCCCAUCGCCGCCUCCAUUUCCUUCCGGAUUAAACUUGAUGUCAACGCCCGAUGGCGAACCGCCCAUAAGCUUGAUGUCCCUGGCCAGUAGUCCACGGCCCUCAAGCAACAAUACUAGCGUGGAAAAGACGCCACAUUCGGAUUCGGAACAAAGUCUCAGCUCUACCCUGUCGUCAUCAUCAACUUCAGGUUCUGCUUAUGAUGUCGACACGCUUCCAUCGCCUUCGUCUAUUCGACCAUUACCCGGCAGUAGCACGAUACUACCUGCUAAUGAAGUCGGAUGCGUCACUAUGGCUACUGUGACUUCUGCCGGUUCUCGACUAGUUUUACCUGACGCUGGAGUAGCUUUGAUGAUCCCUGAAGGAGCGCUUAAGAACGGCCAAGUGCAGGAGCAUUAUCUGGCUAUUCUUCGUGAGGAUCGCUAUCGUCCAGAAAUCUCAGAAUGCCAAACGUUACUGAGUCCCAUUAUGCUGUGCGGACCUUCUGAUGUGGUUUUCAAAAAACCAGCAAUCUUGAGUUUUCAGCAUUGUGCUGCUUUGAAACAGGGCCAAUGGAGUUUGUCCGUCUUUUUCAGUGACUCUGCCCCUGAAGAUCCACCGAACUGGCAGAAACUUGUGACGCUUGGCGAGGAAACAAUAAACACUCCAGUGUUUAGUCAAGUGGAUGCACAUCAAUGCCAUCUUGCUGUGGACCAGCUGGGCCAUUACGCUUUAGUUGGAGAAUCUGCUUGUCCUAGUGGCGGAAAUAAUCCAGCCACAAAGACCCUACGCUUAGCAGUUUUCUCUCCUCUUGCUGCCAACCAACACUCACUUGAGUACGGUCUUCGAUGCUACGUGCUGGACGAUACGAUCGCCGCUCUAGAUGCGGUUAUUUCGCUGGAACGACGAAUGGGGGGCCGGCUGGUGGACAAAGCAAAGUCCUUCUACUUUCAGGACGGUGGAUUUCCCCUCUGCCUUGGCCUAGAUGAACUGAGCACCGGGUGGAGACUGGUGCAACGUGAAAUUCACCAGGAAGUUCCAUUCUCACAAGUGUGGAGUGGCCGAAGGUUCGAUCUUCAUUGCGCUUUCACAUUGGAACGGGACAACCGCCAGGUCAAUAGUCUGAGCUGUCGGAUAGCUGCACACCAGCCAGGAUCUCCUCAUCGUCAGUCAAUUCGCAUCGCCCUUGCCGAUUUGAAAAUGUGCGUCGGUAAAGUGCCGUCCAGUCCCGGACUACCACGAGCCUUGCGCUCCCUGACUGUCAGUAGUAAUGGCAGUGCUGCAUCGUCUUCAGCAGCCAGCCACCUCACAACGUUGGAUCCCAAAGCGCCCGUCUUCCGCCUCCAACCAUCCGUUCGACGCCAACUUUGCCAACUCCUUGAUCCACCGAAUGCGCGAUGUAACGAUUGGCGAUUACUGGCACAGCGAUUGAGUGUUGACAGGUACAUCAACUAUUUUGCCACCAAGACUAGCCCGACAGAGCAUAUUCUCGAUCUGUGGGAGGCCCGCCAUCGCGAAUCGAGCGCCGUUACGGAUCUGCUCAACAUUCUGCGAGUCAUGGGACGCCAAGAUGCCGCCACCGUGCUGGAACGUUCCGCCGGAGGACCCUGGAUGUAA